UUAGCUGAAUGGGUAAACGGGGCGGGCGGGCACGGAUCGUGUAAAUCUUGAUUACUUUUACAGUUUAAUGAGCAAGGUCCAGGGUUCUGACGGUCUCUGCUGUAUAUCGUCGGAUUUAGCCAAAAUUUGAUUGGGUACUGAAUCAGGCUACGGUUGGUAACAUGGCUGGAGCUGGGAGUUCUAUGCUGUAUUCUUUUCUUUUGUUUGUUGUCACGCUUUCUCUACAAGAAAUGUAUAGAGCGAAGUUGGCAUCUUCAGAGUUACUCACUAUUCUUGGGGGGUUCACCAGCUCUCUCAUAUUCCUUUUGCUGCUGACGUUCAUUGGAAAUUAUCAGGAAACAUGUGGUAUCAGGACUGGAUGGGGUACCGUUAUAUUUGCUGAGGCAGUGGCACUGAUAGCUGCUAGCACUGUUCACCGAGUUUGUAUUACAACCUGCUUUCUGUUUUCUGCUGGAUUAUUAUAUGAGGUCAACCAACUUUCAGGGAUGAUGCUGUCCAAAAGUGAACCAAAGGCUAAAAGGUUUUGAGUGGAAGAUGCUUCAGUAGAGCAUCUCGUUUUUAAUAUCACCUUUCCCCCUGUUUUUUUAACAUCUUUAGGUGGUUCUGAACAAGGCCUAUAUUGGUUAGCCGUGUACACUGAGAUGAUCGAGUAUGAAUUUUCAAGUACUGAAUCUUUGUGCCUAGAGCUACCCAAUGAUCACUUGAUGAUCACUUUUUGUGGUUACUAGGACUCAAGAAUCCUCAUCAACACAAACAGUACCUCAUUCAUUGUAUUAGUGAAAUGAAUCUGAUUAGUUGGACAAA